GGAGUUAUAGCCGGCCUUUAGUGGGGGGCAUAUUUUCGGGUAGGUCAUAGGAGUAUACGGUGGUGAGUUCCGAGCAGGGGGUGGUUUUAUAUUCUAAACGGAUGUGUUUCCCAACGAAGCCUACUCGAACAGUUGUCGGCGUGCUCUUUCCACAAUUAUGACAUUUUUUUCACAGUACUCGUACAUUUCGACGUUAUGUAUUCUCUCGUUUUGACUUGUUUUUUUCGACAGUUGUAAUUACUACCUAUCUUAUAGUUUACACUAAAUACGCGUGUGCUUUAGUUGGUUUUUUUUUCUCAACCUCUUCUUCUUUUCGAGAAUAGACAUUAGAGAUAGUGCGUUCUGUUUUAUUACAUGUAUUGAUAGUAGUUCAGAAGUGAAGAACCUUUGUAGACAACGUUCAUGUAUUAUCGAUACUGUGAUCGGAUAUUCUUAAUUUUGUGUUCGUGCAUGUUCCUUGUUGCCAAUUAGUGUGGAAAAAAACUUCAAUGAUGGUGGUAUCGAUGUUAAACUCUUGCAACAUCAACGCUCCAAACGGCGUACUCAAUCAACAAAACCUGGACACCCAUCACUGGAGACAGUCGCCUCAGACAACGUCGCCUGAAACUGACCAACAGAAUUGUAUUCUGAGUUACAACACUCACGACCAAAGACCUCCGUCAUCUCCGGUACAGAAUGGCGAAGACAACAGCAGCUACGGCUCGGAAACCGGAGCAGACAACCUAUCGCCUCCUCAAGAAACCAGCCGCAGCUCCGGUAGCGAAGACCUAACCUCGAAUUUAUUCCCCAUCACCGGCUCCUCCAUGCUACAGCAAUGCAUGGAGUACUCCAACAGCGACAACGAAAGCUCCCAAGCGAGUCCUUCAUCAUUCCACGACGACGACUCGUACCGCGGCGGCAAAGGCUCCGGCUCGAACGGUAAGCCCAAGGUGCACAAAUGUCGCACUUGCGGUUUCACCACAACCAACAAACACGAAUACUGGGCCCACAACGCCGUUCAUAUGAAACCGGAGAAAAUUCUACGCUGUCCCGAAUGCCCCUUCACUACCGAAUACAAACAUCAUCUGGAUUUCCAUAUGUGGAAUCAUCAAGGCGUCAAACCUCAUAAAUGCGACAAGUGCCCGUACGUGUGCGUGAAUAAGUCAAUGCUUAAGAGUCAUCUGAAAUCGCACAGUAAUGUGUAUCAGUAUCGAUGCGCUAAUUGCAGCUAUCGUACUAAAUACUGUCAUAGCUUGAAAAUUCACUUGCGCAAGUACAGACACGAACCAGGCAUGGUGCUGGAUUCGGAAGGUAAUCCUAACCCGAAUCCAGUCAUUGAUGUCUAUGGUAAUCGCAGAGGUCCGAAACAAAAGUCGAAGAAACACGAUCAACAUCACCAUCAUCAUCAUCAACAGCAACAUCAACAGCAGCAACAACAGCAUCAGCAACAGCAAUCGCAGCAGCAACCACCAAUCCAGCCAGCUGUGCCGCAAUUAAACGCCUUCCAGAGUUUCCCACCUUGGGUUAAUAAUGUUUUCUUUCCGGAAAACGCUCGUAUUCCGGCUUUAUUGCCGAGUACCAUCAUGGGCACGCCGUUCGCCGCAGCCGCCGCAGCAGCAGCUCUCUCCGAUCAGGCCAAAAGCCUAGCUACCGAUUUAACUAGUCAAGAUAGCAACGAUACGUUAAACAAUAAUCUAAAAAUCACCAAUAUUAAUAACAACAUCUCCAGCAGCUGUAACAACAACAACAACAAUACCAUAUUCAACCAUAAUAAUAAUAACAACAACAACAUCAUCAUCAUGAGCAACGAUAAAGGUAUAAAUACGAUGGAUACGAUUCAACGUGAGCAUUGCUCGUCGAUCAAGCACGAAGCUUGCUCAGACGACGAAGACAUGUUCCAUUCCUCAAUCGACGAACCCUGUUCGGUUUCACCUCCACCCUCGUCCAACUUCAUGCUCGCCUACGACCUGAAAAGAUCCACCAGCACGACCCCUCGUCUACCAGAGAUCACGACCCCAUCGCCUAUGACCGUCAUAGAAGACGCUCCUCUAAACCUGACCGUCUCUUCGCACACCAUCACAACGCAAGAGACCAAUAACACAACACCGGUCGUAAAAAAUCGUCGUAAAGGCGUAGCCAUUAAAUUAAAGCAAAGGAUUUACGCCACAGACGACGAAGAUUAUCCUCAGAAUCUCUCCAGCUCAUCGACCAAAACCAACGUCGAGACUACUUCUACCACCUCAUCGACCACUCCAGGAUCAGUCGACGAGAAACCUCAACCAUCGUCCGACUCCGAAACCGAUAUCGUCGCAAAGUUAAAGGAUAAGAAAAAUUUCUUCUAUUGCGAUUUCUGCGAAAUAACGUUCUUUAACCAAGUCAUGUUCACUAUGCACAUGGGUUACCACGGUUACUCAGAUCCAUUCACUUGUAACCGAUGCGGUAAAAAGACUGAGGAUAAUAUUGCAUUCUACGCUCAUAUGAUCUCGUCAGCGCAUUUGUAACCCGCUCUCCCCCUCCCCCCUGUUGUUUUUCACUCACGUGUAACUUAUUACCAUAAUUACCUACUUACUUAUUUAUACCACUAUCGUUGUACCUGAGCAAGCGUAUCUCAUCCGAAGUUGGAAAGGUUUCGAGUCGCGUACAUUUUCUCCAUCUGGGAUCCGCGUUUUGAUUUUAUUUUAUUUACUUAUUUGUAUCAUAUAUUUUACAUAUUUUUUCCAUUAUUAUAGAGAAAUUUUUGACUGAUUUAGAAUAAAGUUUUAGAUAAUUUGAUGUAGCUGUAUUUAAAAAAAAAAAAAAUCGAGAGAUUCGUUAGUUUUGUAUAAAUUUAUCAUUCAAGAGUGUCUAGUUUUGUAAUUACAAAGAUUCGAAUUCCUUUUUAAAAAAAUAUAUGUUUGUAAUGAUACUAAUAGUUGUUUAUGUGUAUCUAAGCUUUCUCUUUUUCAUUACGCGAUGACUGAUAUUUC